UGGAACGUUCCAAGUUGGUUGAAUUUAUGCAACGUAGCCAAAACAAGUGCUUUUAACGCUAUGGCGUAUGUUGAUAGUAGCGGUAAUGUCAUCGACUCGAAGUCAGUAUGGCGACUGUCCAUCAUACCUGAACUGUUUUGGGGAAUCAUCAACUUUAUAGCAUUAUUUUUUCAAACAAUGUACUCACCUGGUUUAACAAGCAAAGGAACUGGCUACACGUCUGACUAUAGAGUAAACAGUAAUGGACAAGGCCCUCCAAGACCACCGCCUAGAGGUCCGAGGAGAAGGAUGGGAGGAUUUGGAGGAGCAUCGGCACCUAGAGCUCCGCCUCCAGCUGGUGGUGGAUGAGGAAGGUAAAUGCUUACUCAUUUAGAGUAAGCAUCCGGUUAUGUUCUUCUUUCAGUGAAGAGAUUUAAAACCAAAAGGUCUGCUCAUUUAUAAGCACCUUUGUUUGAUACAUAAUGCAUACUUUUAGUAUAUUAUUUAUUCAAUAUUUUACAAUUUUAUUCUAUUGGCCUGCCUGAUAACAGUACAGUAUAUAAGUGACGUCCUUCUAAUGAAAAUGUUUUGGAACUUCUCCCAUGAUAAAUAUAAGUAUUAUUAAGAUGUGAUCAUAAAAAGUACCUUUACAAAAUUCAACCCAUAAUGAUAAUAUUUUAGUCAAAUUAAACAAAAAUAAUGGGAAAAGAUACUAUUAAACAUAAAAGGGAUUAAAACAAAAUUUUGUCAUUAGUUAUAUCAUUUUUUAUUGAAAUAGAUAUGCAUUAUGUAAACACAGGUGUUUAUGUUAAUGAGUUGAGUAAAGAGGCUGAUCUGAUUGGAGUUUAACAUAACCUUCGAACCUGUUGCUGCAGUGUGAUGUAACCACUGUUGAUGAUGUUCCGACGGCAAGUCUACAACCGUAGAACCGACGGGACUGAUAGUUACAGCAACAAAAUAAUUCCUUGACUAUACACAAAGAGUCUGUCUUUAAUUGUUUUUACAGAAUUACUAAAUUUGUUUCUCCAUUUUUACAAAAAUACACUCUUUGUUUAUAGCCAUUUAUUUAAGAUUCAUCUUUGUAUAGAAAAAUUUAAUAUUGUAAUUUUUGUAAACUGAAUAUUAUAUAACAUAUUUUCCAGAUUUAAGAGCUAUUCAAAGCAACCACGGAACUACAGGUCUCCCUCCAAUUAAAGACCAUAAGGGGCCAGGGUUUCUAUGGUCUUUUAUUAGAAUAACAAAGAUAAUAGAUUUGUUAAUUUGGAACCACAGAAAAGUGGUCUUUAUUUUAUUGGAAGGGUAUUUAAUCAGAGUGACAUGUGUAAUUAAAAACAUACGUUAAUGAGAAAGUGCACUAAUUAGUAAUUUAUUAUUUUUUUAAACCAAAUUUAUAGGGAGUGAUCCAUCCAGCAUAUCCUAGAAGGUCGACUGAUAUUCAGGGGCCCUCUUUAAAUAAAUGAAAUAAUGUGAUGCGAAUAUCAACGAAGUCUCUUAAUGAGGCUUUGGGAGUGGAGUUGAGAAAAUGAGAAAAUGUCCUGCUGUGACAGGAAUUGAAUGCAGGACCCAGGGCAUUAGAAGGCAAACAUCUUAACCACUAAGCUAUUCAAAUUCAAUCCAGUUUCCAUAGUUUUAUUUUAAAUUGUUUAUUUAUUAUACUUUUGGGUUGACCAUGUUCCAUACAAAUAGAUUACCUAUGUGUUGAAUUACCUGAAAAAGAAAAUUAAACUAAAAUGGUACA